AAAGCGGUGCGGCGUGUCGCUGUAACGGCUCUUGAUCCUUCCGCUCGGGGGCUGUCAAAGAGUCCCCAGUCCCUCCCCCACCUACCGGCGCCGGGAGAAGGGGGCAGCGGCUCGGAUGGGGCCUGGGGGGGCCGCUUUGUCCCCGCGAACCUUCGGCCGUGGGAGCUGUCAUUACAGGAGAGCAAAGAAUGACUCAGUGUUUGGUUCUCAAAAUCCAUCACUAACAAUGCACAGACAAUCAAAGGUUGUAAACGUUACCCUGAAAGUUAAAGGUAAUGAGAGUAGAAACACUGAAGAGAAGGAAGAUACCUCUUUCUCUGAUCUGUCAAAGGACCAGAAGAUUUGCAAAGUGACUGAAUCAAAAGCCACAAUGGCAUCUGAGAAGGAGAAUUUAAGCGAUGGGAGCCAAAUGCAGUUGCAAAAACUCACCCUGAAAUACUCCAAAGUCCUAGAGAAGGAAUCAUACCACAGCAGAAAGGAUGCUAGCUGUCCGCUUGCUGAAUGCUCUUUUGAUACACUAAAAGGGGAUGUGGUUGGUGAACUUUCCUGGCCUUUGAACAGUAAGGAGAAAUUUUCAAGAAGUGGACCUGGUUCACUGGGGGAUGAAUGCUGCUUGCCACCCAACAGGGACAAAGCGGAAGAAGAAUCCUGUUGUGGGAUAGUGGAGAAACAGAGGAGAAAAAUUGUUGACUUUGCAACUGUAACAACUGCUGAAUUUGGGAUUACUCAAGAAAGUUUUACUAGUCCAUCUAUAGGGAAGUCUCCAAAUGCAUUAAAGUUAAGACGAAGAUCAGCGAUUGGAGUACGAGGGUCACCAGAAAAUAAUGCCCUUAUUCAGUACCUUGCCCAGCAGAGAAGCAAUAGGCAAAAAGAAACUUUUACACAGCACGCUAGUCCUUUUAAACUUGCCAAGUCAUCGAAGAACAAAAUCAAUGUCUUUCAAACACCUUUGAAAUCAGUGCAAGAAGCUGAAGGGCAGAUGGACUUCUCCGGACUCUCACAAGCGUCUGGUGCUUCUCAGGAAGCAGACUGUGCUCAGAACAAAGUACCAUUCACAAAAAAGUGCAGUUUGGAUCAGCAGAGUGAAAAGUCUGCGUCUGACUACAGUGGAGCUGAUCUGAAAGAAAAUUUAAAACAGAACUUGGCCUAUGGCAAUAAGUCUGAUUCCAAGAUGUGCACCGUCUUGUCCUCACACCAGGAUGUGACUGUCACCGAAACUGCUCUUUCUAAGGAAUGGGCUUAUAAGCAACACAACCCGAUUGAGUAUUCGGAUGCAAUUCUAAUUAGAGAUAUCUUAGAAACGAGCCAUGAUUUCAGUCCCGACCAUAUCAGUAAAGAAGUCAGAAGUAAUGUCAUAUCAGACCUACACAGAAAGAAAGUUAAUUUUGCAGAAUUGAGGCUGGAAAUCCAGGAUGAAAGCAAGCCACCUAUCACACCACUGCGAAUGGGAAGUGCUUCAUUAAAUGAACAUACACAGAGUGGCUCCCAGCUGCGAUCUGUACUGAAGAAAACGCCAACGAAAGAACUGAUGGAUUGCGUUAAGGAAUACUCAACUGAUACUGUUGGCAGUGGAGGAAGAGAAUCUCUUACAGGCUCUGAAGUAAAAAUCUGUGAAGCAUUGCAAACAGAGAAAACUGAACAAUACAGCUCCAAAAAGCCAAAGAAGAAAAAAGUUACUUUUGGAGAAGAUCUCAGCCCAGAAAUAUUUGAUAAAACUUUGCCUGCAAAUACUCCCUUGCGCAAAGGAGCGACACCAGUCCGUCAUCCAGGAUCACAAAGCAAUAGCCCUUUUACCAGGUCAGGACUCCUUGAGGAGCCAUUAUCCCAGCCAAACUUUGAUUGCGAUGACCAGUGCGUUGAGCCUCUUGAAGAGUUACGAGAGGAUUCUGUUGCUGCAGAAGACAUCUCACCUGUUGAAAACACCACAGAGGUCACUGCUGUAGCUGCAGAGUCCGCCUAUUGUUUAGUAAAAGAAUCUGACAAAUCUUACACAGUAGCAACUCGUUCCUCUACUAAAAGGAAGUCUAGCACCCAUUCAGAUGGGGUUGAUCUUAGUACCCCAAGAGCCACGAGUACUAAGAAUGUAAAAGAUACCAAAAAUCCAAGGAAAAACAAACUUCAAAGACCAAAGAAUAUUACCACAUCUGCUGCCAAAAAGACACAAAGAACAAAACAUACAAGCUCUGGGAAAAGAAGAAAGAGAAAAGUUAAAAAAUCCUUGUAUGGGGAAAGAGAAAUGGCUUCUAAGAAGCCUCUUCUGAGCCCUAUCCCUGAGAUUCCAGAAGUUCUCUCUUCUGCCUCAUCUCCAAGCUCACCAAAGGCAAAUGCACUUCCAGAUUCGAAAUCCAGGAAUGGUCAAAAGGAUGUUCAAUGGAAGCAAGCAAUAGAAGGAAUGAGAGGGGAAAACAUCCCUGCUGUUCACGUGUGUCCAAUCUCUGAGGACCUGGACGUUGUAGAAAGCAGGAGCCCUGACGUUACGGUGUUUCAGGUGUCAGAUGGUGAUCUGAAGUCGGUUUCUGGUCCUGAUCAUAAGUUUCCAAGCAUUGUACCAGACCCAAACUAUGUUUCUGACACACAUGACUGUUUCCAGCAAGCUGAAGAGACUGAGUGUUUAAAAGAGGAAAAAAGAAGUGACUUCUUGAUAGAAAACGAGAAAUUACAGGGAAAUUUCCCAAACAAGGAAGAUUGGCUAACAGGGCUAGAAUUUCCAGAACAGGACACUGGUAUACAUGAGAUUCUCCAAAACACUGGCCGUUCACCAAAAAAAUCUUCAAGAGGUAGACCAAGAAGAAGAAGCAGUACUGUCUAUAUUCCUCCUGUUGAAAAGUUCAAUUUUGAAACAAUUGGAAAUGACCUUCCACUUUCUUUUAAUGUGGAAGAAGUCUUAUCUGCUCCUCAGCUGAAAAAUAACUCCUCAGAAGGGCCUUUUAGAAGGAAAAAGGGUAGCAGCAGUGAAACAAGCAGGGUGAGACGCAGCAUGAGGCUACAAAAAGAUGCAGAAACAGAAGGACUGGCGUGGAUUCCAGUGCCCAAUGAGAUUCUAAAGAACCCUCCUCCGGUAGCUUCUGGUUGCAAAACCAGGAGAACGAUAAGCACAUCGGUCCUUAUGGAAUCUGAGAAUAUUCACCACAGAGAAGAAAACCUCAUCCAGUUUGCAGCGCCAGGGAAGGAGAACAGUGACCCUGUUAAUCUGGCUGAUGGUCCUUGCAGGAGAUGGAGGAGGAAGAGCAUGUGUGUAUCAACGCCUCAAGAAACAAGAACUUGGUCUCAAACCCGGAAAAGGAGCAUAGCAAAUUCUGUAUAUAGCAAGGACAGAAGCAACCAAAGACACUCUGAAGAAGCAGAGAUACCUGUUGAAAAUCAGGCUAACACUUAGUGAGGUUUCAGCUACCUCCCAUUUUCUGAGUGAAGGUCAGUAUUAGAUUCUUAUAUUCUCUCUUGGAAAUGCUAUGUAGAAAUAAGAUGUUCCUUCUGUCUUCCACUUACUUCCUUCUGGGUAACUUAGAACUGAUUUUCCUUGUUUUGAUGACUAAAAUGCUUGAAGAUCAGAACUGCAUGGAAGUCCUAGCUUGGCUCAGUGCCUUGGUCUGGUAGACAGUCACGACAGAUAACCAAGAUGACGAAGUCUUUUCUCCCAUGGUGAACUGCAUUCUGACAACCUCCUCACCUUUGUCUACCUCCUUGCUUACGUGUUUCAUACUUUAGCUCAGUCUACAGAGCAAUUGCAAUUAAACACUGUAAAUGUUAUUAAAAACUCGACAAAUGACUGACUUUCUCUGCAGCCACCAAGCUCAGUGAUCUCAGGAAGGCAAAGGUUAAUUUCUGUCGGGUGGAAGAAUUGCUGUAGGGACUAGUGAUUUUUUUUUUCAAUAUACAGCAGUAAGACAAAAUAAAGAACAACUUGUAGAUGCAUGCAUAAACAUUAUGUAUGCAAUACGCUUAUAGCUGUGGCACCUGCACAGCAGUGUGGGUUUUCUGCCUGUGAAACUGAACUGUGAUUGUUAGUCUGGUUUGUUUCAUAGGUAAUCUUGGCACAUUUGCCCUACUCACAAACGCACAAUCAAUAUGUGAAGUGGGUAAAUGGAGAGAGAUCAGAAAACGUGACAUUUGGCAAUUUUGAGUAACAAAGUUGAUAACUAAAAAAAUAGUAUUAUAGUGAAAAGUUACUUUUUCUAUGAAUGGGGGUUGAUACUAAUCCAUACUUUGGUAAAAAGGACUUUUUUUUUUCUUGAAAGAGCAGGACUCAAGCUUUGAAGUCUAAUCAAAGUAGAUAAAACCUGAGUUUGACUUAAGUAGUCAAACCAGAUUCUAAGAGAUUCCCUUUUAGCUAGAAUUGUUCAACAUGUUGAUGUUUCCCUUCGGCUAGAUCAUUUUUUAUAAAUUAUUUUUGAAACCUGUGUUCCACAUUUUAAAAAUGCCAUAAAAAACACUUUAGAUUUUUUUGGGAAAAAAAAAAAAAAAGAAACAGAGUUUGGCUUGAAGGGGAGGAGUGUGAAGCAGCAAAGCUGUUACCUUAUACUGUAGAAACUUAGCUUUACCUUGUCAUACCAGAAGGGCAGAGUUUCUACAACUAAGAGCUAGGAAAGACCAGAAGGUUGGUCUUUUUAAAAAAAAGAAAGAAAUCAGUAAAUGUGGCAAACCAAAACAUUUUUAAAACUUCAUUGUAUAUAAGAAUUUUUUAAAAUUAAAUUGGCUAAGGGAAGUGAAAUAUUCAUCAUGGAAUAAAGCUGCAUUUAAUUUCUGGACCCUUCUGAUC